CCCCGCCAGGUGAGAACCUGUGACGCAACACGCGUUUCGUCACUUCGGGAUUCUUCGUCAUGACUCGGCGGAAAACCCCGAAGGAGCGCGAGCGCAUAAAGAGCCGAGCUGCAGAUGGAAGCUGAAGGAGACGUGAGCGACUUUACCGGCGGACCGAGACCGGGACCGAGACCCGACCGAGACCCGACCGAGACCGGGACCGAGACCCGACCAAGACCCGACCGAGACCGAGAUGAACACUACGAUCGUCUACGCUCUCCUGCACUGCUUCCUGUUGGCAGAUUUAAUCCAAUCAGCUCCCUCCAUCUCGCCCCACGACUCGUCAGUGGCGCUCAGAGCGGCGGCCGAGCGAGUGAAGAUGCUGGUAGAGAAAAUCCUGAGGGACGUGCCCGCCGCGCACGCCGCCACCGUCACGAUGGAGGGUCUGACCCUUGACUCCGCCCACUCAACUAACCUGCAGAUGAUGGUGACAUCACUGGGCAUCCCCGCCGGCCCCGUCCUCAAGCCGCCGUCCGAGCGCUUCACGCUGGACGUCUGUGUGCGCCGAAUGGCGGCCGGCAGCCGGCUGUACCAAAGGCUGCUGGGAGUUUUAUCUGAGCGGCUGAGCGGCCUGAGCGACCUGCAGGGGGACCUGAGAGACCUGAGGACGCACAUCAGCAAGAUGGAGGAGGCGGCUCAUCUCGCCGUCGAGGCGGAUCAGGACCAGAGAGUGGACCUGGCCUCCCGUCUCCAUGGUAACUACGAGCUGCAGGUGGCGGCCCACCUGACGCUGACGCAGCUCCGCUCCUUUAGUCACGACCUCAUCCGAAGCCUGAGAGCCGUCGCCUCCUAUAGGCCCCAGCCUGCAGGUGCACGCUAAGCCCCGCCCACCAGGAGCACACAUGGUCAUGGUGGAAAAACCCAACAAACCGGUGUUCAAAGGUCAUGACCUUUAUGACCGACUGCCUGCGUCUCCCUGCAGUGCAUCAUGGGAGAUAUUUUAUGACUGUGUUCAUAAAAGAAAGAUGUCAUACGAAGAAGUUUAUUAAUAUGAAUCCGUUCAUCAAACAUUAUCCUGAGAACCGAGAUCAGGGAAGGAAGAGGAGGACCAAGUGAGACCUCCCUCUGCAGAGACCACCUUUGAGACUUUACUUGAUGCACUUUUCAAUCAGCUGUACCGAUCCGGGAUCAAUCAGCUGUACCGAUCAGAGAUCAAUCAGGCUGUACCGAUCAGAGAUCAAUCAGGCUGUACCGAUCAGAGAUCCAAAAACUAAACUAAUCAAUAACUGUUGAGUAAUUAAUGACCAAUCAGAAUUGUUUUGACAUCGUUUUAAUACUGGCUCUUUAAUGAUGUAUUUCUAUGUUAAUAAUAAUUAUUAUUUAUUAAUAUUUAUCAGCUCAUAUUUCAGAUGUUUGUUACUUAUCAUGAUU